AUGGCAUCCUACCAGAUGGCCAAUGACAUCAACUCUCUUUCCCUUUCCCCAAAUUUCAUUCUCCCAGAGAAUCACAGGCCACACCUCACUCAGGUUUCAACUUUGGAUUCAAUACCUAUCAUCGACUUGAAUGACACUGACACCAUCAAUUUGGUUCAGAAGAUAUCACAAGCUUCUGAGGUCUAUGGCUUUUUCCAGAUCAUCAACCAUGGAGUACCUGAGGAGUUAUGCAAUAGAAUGAUGACUGCUUAUACCCAAUUCUUCAAACUUCCUGCUGAAGAAAAGGCACAGUACUUCACUACAGAUCACACCAAACAGGUUAAGCUUUUCAACUAUUUCCUCAAGAUUCAAGGUCAAGAAAAGGUCACCAUGUGGAGCGAAACCUUUUCCCAUUUUUGGCAUCCCACCAAUCUGUUACCUGAAAAUCCUCCCCAAUACCGUGAGGUUUUUAUUGAAUAUGCAAAAGAGAUUGGUACAUUGAUGAAUAGGCUAUUGGAAUUGCUCUCCCACGGACUUGGCCUGGAGAAAGAUUGCUUGCAUAAGAAGCUGGGUGAGAAUCCCACUCUAAAAGCUCAAGCAAACUACUACCCACCAUGUCCUGACCCUGAGCUCACACUCGGACUGGCUGUUCAUACUGAUCUCAAUGCACUCACUGUGCUUAGGCAAACAGAGGGAGUGAAGGGCCUUCAAGUCAUCAAAGAUGGGAAAUGGGUUGGUGUUGAUCCCCUCUCCAAUGCAUUUGUUAUCAACCUUGGUGAUCAAAUUCAGGUUCUAAGCAAUGGAAGGUAUAAGAGUGUGCACCAUAGGGCAGUAACCAAUAAAACUCGGCCAAGGUUAUCAAUAGCAAUGUUCUAUGGACCCAACAAGGACACACAGAUUGGUCCAAUUGAGGAAUUGAUAGAUGAGGAACACCCUCCAUUGUAUAGAAGCUAUCACUAUGCAGAGUUUCUUGAAGAAUUCUUCAGGCAAGAAGGUACAAGAAGGCUGGUGAAGGAAGUCUUUGAGUUGCACCACAAUUAA